AUGAGCGUCCCGGAGAAAGAGGUGGUCCACGAAUCGAAAUCGGGCAAUACAUCUCCAUCGCCACCGCAUUCGGACAUCGAAAUCGGUAUCGUCGAAGAGCCAUCCAAGAACGGCGAUGAAGCACUCAAGUUCCUCAAAUCGGCACACGAUGUUGGGACUCUCACGCCUGAGGAUGAGCGAAGGCUUGUGCGAAAGAUCGAUUGGAUGAUCAUGCCGUUAAUGUGGUGUUGCUACUGCUUGCAGUAUUUGGACAAAACACUGGUAAACUACGCGGCAGUGAUGGGCCUAUACGAGGAUGCAAACAUAAGCACGUCGCAGUUCUCUAAUCUCGCCCUUUUCUUCUACGUCUCUUACCUCGCGCUCGAAUUCCCGCAUGGUUAUGGCAUGCAACGUCUCCCUACAGCCAAGUACCUUGGCGCAGCCGUCAUUCUCUGGGGUCUCGUCACAGCACUCACAUGCGUGUGCAAGAACUACGGCGCUCUAGUGGCUACACGCGUUUUGUUGGGCUGCUUUGAGUCGGCUGUUGCACCCAGCUUGAUUCUGAUAACUUCGAUGUGGUACAAGAAGAACGAACAACCCUUGAGAACUGGCAUCUGGUAUCUAGGGGUGGGGACAGGAACGAUGAUAGGAAGCUUGAUCAGUUUCGGGUUUCAACACUACGACAGUGACACCUUCACUAGUUGGCAGAUCAUGUUCCUCGUAGUAGGUCUAAUUACAGUUACUGUUGGUAUAACUGUGGUGUUGUUCCUUCCCGAUAACCCCAUGUCCUCUCGUCUCACCCCGGCGGAGAAGGUAUGGGCUAUCGAACGCCUGCGCGAGAACCAAACCGGUAUCGAGAACACGCAUUUCAAGUUUCAUCAAGUGAUCGACUGCUUCAAAGACCCGCAGACUUGGAUGCUAUCGAUCAUCACCAUAUCAUCGAACGUACCAAACGGCGCAGUAUCUUCCUACCAAGCCACGCUUAUCAAGUCAUUCGGCUUUAAUCCCAAGACUACAGCAUUGCUGCAACUGCCUUCAGGCGCCGUCAGCAUUAUCUCCAUUCUCAUCGCCACAUACCUUGCCGGCCGCUUCGACCAACGCGCAUUAAAUGUCGUAUCUCUGCUCGUACCCGGUGCGCUUGGCGGCUGUCUCAUGGCCUUCCUUCCUGGUGAAUCCAAAGCCGGAAAACUCAUUGGAAACUACCUUACCAACUGUAUCGGUGCCAGCUUACCACUUCUAUAUUCCUGGGUCUCUGCCAAUGUCGCCGGCCACACGAAGAAAGUGACCAUGAACGCUAUCUUGCUCAUGUCAUUCUGUUUAGGGAAUAUUAUCGGGCCAUUGACUUUUCGGCAAGAUGACUCACCGGAUUUUGUACCAGCGAAGAUUACUAUCGUUGUUACUUGUGCGUUCGCUGCGGCCAUGGCGUUGGUUUUGAGAGCGUACUAUAUGUGGGAGAAUAAGAAGAGGGACCGAGAGGAUGAUGGUAGGCAUGUGGAGAAUGAAGAGUUUCUUGAUUUGACGGAUCGGGAGAAUAAGCGGUUCAGAUAUAGGCUAUAG